CUCUCUCUCUCACGGGGUGCGCAGGGGGGGAGGUGGGCGGCGGCGCGAGCGGUGGCGGCGGGCGCGGCUGGGUGGCGAGCGGCGGCGGCGACGCCACCUCCUCACCAUAGCCGCUCCACCCCUUCCCUUCCCCUUCUUCCUCCAGGUCCGGCGGUGACGGCGCGGAGGAGCCGCCGCGGGGGCGUUGUCCUCCGUGUCGCAGCCGGCGUUCGUGCACAACGCGCGCGUGGCGGCCGCGGCGGCGUUCCUGCUCGACCUCGGGGGCCUCCUGGUGUUCGUCGUGCUGCAUUGGCCAUGCUUGUGCGUGCUAUUGGGGGAUUGAUUGGUUUUGGUUUGGAACGAUUCGGGCGCCAUGAUCCAGAGGAGGAUUCAGUGAACUUCCCUCGCGGUUGUUCCGACCAAAUUUUCAUGGCCACAUUUUUCUUUCGGUGGAUGGUUUUCGUGUCAUGGGGAGUUGCAGCGAAUGGAUGCGAUGUAGCCACGCGUGAUUCUUGCGAGGUCGAAGGGCAGAGUGAUGGAUUUAGUAAAAGAAGUGAGAGUUUUCCUAUCUGAUUAUCUCGUCCUCCAUAUGUUGUGCUAAUUCUGGUUAAAGUGAGUGCCGACGGUUAAAGUUCUUUUCAUUCAUACUUUAGCAAAGCACACCAGUAAUGCAAACAGUCUUAGAGUCUUAUGUGAUGAUACCUUCAAUGCAAAAGUUAUUCUGAAGACUGACAAGCCGGCGGCGAGAGGAGGAAGAAGGGGAGAGGCCGGCAGCUGGCCAAGGCGAGCUCCUCCUCGUCGUCGGUCGUCCUCCGUGGCCUCGUCGACGGCGUCGUGGGCCAGCGGCUCCACCGUCAUGGACUGGGUGAGCCCUGAGACACCGUCUCACGCCGCUGCCCACUGCCCGGCCCGCGCGCCGCCGUCUGCCGCUCCCUCGUCUCGCGCCGCCGCCUCACCUCGCGCCCCCGCCUGCCCCUCCGCGCCGCGAAGGUGAGGUCGGAGCGGUCGCAGCCGCGGUCGACGGAGACCACCACCUUGGCACCGAGGUGCUUCACGAGGCGGACGGCCACGGCGUUGCCGAGAAGAAGAACGCCACGUCGGCGGCGAUGAGCGUGGCCUGGUCUCUGCGGCCACCGCGGCUGGCGUCGCGCAUGGCGACGAGCUCCUGCCGGUUCCCCUCCUCGUUUCGCGUCGUCGCCGCCGCACACCGCCGUGCCCGUGCGCGCCUGCGGCCACGCGAGAGAGAGAUUGGGAAUAGCUGAAUAAGUGAAGAGUAGGUAUGACAUGUGGGUCCCACUUUUUUUUUAAUGAAAAAUACUGACUGGAUUGCCACGCGGAUGCAGCGUAGGACAAAACAGCUCUAGAUUGAGUUGAGGGGGGUAAUUCUUCUGGUACUAAAAGUUUAGGGUGAUCAAUAUUUGGUUUUCUAGUUCAGAGAGAUAAUUCGGUCGACUACGAUAGUUCAGGGGUAUUUCGUACUUUUUUUUCAAAAGAACACAGGGAUAAAAUACUCCAAUUCUCCAAAAAGAUAAAACAAAAAAAAUUCCGUUGCCGGGACUCGAACCCGGGUCUCUCGGGUGAGAGCCGAGUAUCCUAACCAGCUAGACCACAACGGAUUCUGAUGGGGGAGCACUCAUUAAUUAUUUGUCUGUGUAUGACGUUAUCAGGCGAUUACAGAAACCCGCAGUGUAUAGGAUAUAGAGGGCGCGUGUUACAAACAAUUAAACGGCCUGAUCUUGCUAUGAUUAAGAUGAAGAGCAAAGAUUGGCUAAUGCGAAUUAUUAUCGGAGAAAAGGUGGCUGAGCCGUGUUUGUUAAUUUGACGGCUCAUCUCGAUCUGGGGCGGCCGUGACACUCGGAAUACUGAGACGGGAUUGAGAGUUUGAGAUCCCCUGAUAAUUUUAGGGGUUAAUAACAAACACAAGUAAAAUGUAGAUUUAUUUACACACAAGUAGUAUAAGAUGUAGUAAUCGGACGGACGUGGUAGAGGGAGACGAGAGAGAAAAUGGAAGGUUCGGAAACGGGAUCCCGAGGCUGACAUGUGGGGCCACAGUUCCCGUCCGUUCUCGCCCGCGUGAGGUGUAAGCAGAAAGACGAUCAAUUCAAUUCGGGUCGGUUUCGCCUCGUCUCUCUCAUUCAGAUCGUCUCUCUCUCUGGGGGGGCUUCAAGGAGACGACGCGACGGCGGCCAGAGAGAUGAACAUCCUCCCAUGGCAAUGGCAAGGGCAAGCGCAAGCGCCCCGAACAGCCGGCGCCGGAGGAGGAGGCGGAGGCGGAGGCGGAGCUCAACUCGAUCUUGCUCCGCAAGAUGGGGUGCACAAAUAUGUUGUCGCCGUCGCAGCUCUCGAAAAUAAAGACGAUGUUGCAGUCGAGGCCCGAUAUCUGCAAGAGGAACAGCCACCUCAAGUUCUGCUACAGCCUCCGCAACCGCAAUGUGUUCGUCUCCAAAACCCACAAGCCACGGCUAGGCCCUCUCCAGUACAAGAAAGGGAAGGAACCUGUGUAUGAUGGGUCAUGGCAGACCCCAACAUGUGCAAAGGUUGCUCUAGAACACUAUAACAGAUCAAAUGAGGAUGAAUAUGAGAUGGUUAAAGCACUGGACAGUGUUUCUUCCUUCUUCAAUGGUGUGUGGGUGCAUGUAAAUUUCCUUGCUAAACUCAAAGGGGCCACCCAAUGUCCUGACCUUGUUCCCAAGUUCUUUGCUGAAGUGAAAUCCGAUUUUGAUGGAAGGUCAUGUGUCUCUUGUGUUAAGAUUGACACAGGUAAUCCAGAGGCAACACCAAUUCGCGGUUGUGGGAUUUGCCAAAAUAAUGAGAUCUACCAUCCUGCUGUUGGAGGGCACCGAGGAGACAGGAAGAGUGCAUCAUAAUGUACGAAGGGAUGUAAGCGGGCCGACCGGAUAAUCUACUUAUAUGUUAAAUAAGUGGCUAAUCCGCAGGUUUCCGCAUCAUAGCCCGAUUUACCACACCUAGAAAUGUAAGUGGGUCAAUUCAUAAACCCAUCCAUAGGUUAAAUUAGUAGGUAAUCCGCGUGUCAAUCCGCGGCCUGAGUUACCCACUAAUUUUGCCUAUAAACGGCUUCACGGGUUAGCUCGCUUGUAUCCCUUUAGGCUUUAACCAUAGUUCUUUUAGACAGAAGACAGCUGCCCAGCUUUGGAUUGCAAGCAUAACAGUUGGUACAGAGCUUCUUUUUUCCCCAUUAACUACAAGAUUACAGAUUA